AUGGAUAAGUCAAUCUGUAACACAUCCAAUGGAAAACCUACCAUUCCACCAAAACCAAACCUUAAUGCUUCACACCAGUCAAGCCACUUUGGUCCCUCUAGCAGUGUGGCUCACGCUUUGCGUAACUUUGAAAAAGGAACGGGCAAGCAAACGGCAGUAAACAACAGUAAAGUGAGAAGAUACUCUGAAAAUAUGAGCCAAGAUGGAAGGUCUGUGGUAGCUGGAACUAGAUUGUCAUGUCCACCCAGGGCAAAGGACCAAGCAGAGGAUAUAUCUUUAGUUUCUAGACUCGGGAAAAGUGGACAGAUGUUGAGGGAAACAAAUCUUCAACUGGCAGUAGAUGAUGUGGAUGUUGGUCGAUCAGCUCCUGAUGGCAGUGAGGUAAAUAAUGUGAGUGGCACCUUAGAGAAUCAUCAGGGCUCAACUGCACCACCUACCCACUCAGAGGAGAGACACUGUCAUUGCCUCUGCCAUCUUCAAAGGCCUGGUAUGAAACUAGUCUGGGUACCUCUACACGAGGAGAAAAAUAACAUGGAUACUGCAAUUGAAAAGAAUCACAAACAUCAAAACAUAGGAGGUCAGAUAAAUGAGCAUGUUUUACACCUAACCAGCAAUGACAUCAGAUGGCCACUGAACAGCCCAUCAUCCAAUUCAAAACCCCAAGCAUUGCCUCCAUGUAUAAAUUGCCAAAGCUUCCUGCUUCACCACAGCCCUAACAAAUUAGCAGGAAAUGGGUUUGCAUAUGCUUAUGAAUCAUUUCAAAGCCAUUCAAAACCCCCUUUACCACCAAGGACUUAUCAGUCAUCUGAGUAUCAAAAUACCCAGCAGUAUGCACAGCUAGAACACACAGAUGAUCAUAUAUAUUUGGAUAUUUUGCCAUCAAAUGACAAUAAAGUUACCCCUCCAGCUGUCCCCCCUCGACCUCCCCCACGACUUCCUAUACAUCCUCAAAAUACAAAAAAACGGUCUUCCCACCCAGUGCUGGCAUGUGUAGUUUCUCUUCGAGGCGGCGGGCCACCAAUCAGAAACACCAGCAAAAGAGAGAAUGGAAAAUCGUCUCGCCACAUAUCUAUGUCAAACCCAACAGGUAAGAGCAAUGAAAAUGAUGAUUUUGAAGACUGGGAGUCUAUUGACAAGGAAGCGCUGUGUGACAAAACAGCAAGCCCACGGAGAAUCUCCAGUGACUGGGAGCCAAACAGUGACUAUGAACCUCUAUAUCAGAUCUACCAGGCAAAGGUCCUGAAAGAAGCCAGUCAAAUCCAGUCUGAUAGUCCUAAUUGCAACAGGAGGAGUGUUAGUGAAACCCUGGGUCUUGAGGGUCCCGGAGGGCUUGCAGUGGUUGGCACCCGAUUCAAGAGAGGCCCUGAAGAGAUUACACUCUGGCAGGAUUUACCAGUGGUCGAGGAAAGUGGAGUGUUACAUAAACUCACUCGCACUGAAAAACAGAGACAAGAGAGCAUGUUUGAGGUCCUCACCUCUGAAGCCUCCUACCUGCGCUCCCUGCGUGUUCUGAAGGAUCAUUUCUUGGGAUCACGCGAACUCAGUGAGACUCUGGUCAUUCAUGAUAGGAGGGCCCUCUUCUCCAACCUCUUGCAGGUCUAUGAAGUCAGCGAGAGGUUUAUAGGGGAUCUGCUGAAGCGAGUAGAUGAGAGUGUGGUGAUAUCUGAUGUGUGUGACAUAAUUUAUGAGCACUCAGAGAACCAUUUCUCAGUCUUUAUUGAUUAUGUUCGAAAUCAGCAGUACCAAGAGAAAACCUACAGCAGACUGAUGGAGAGUAACAGAGAUUUUUCUCUUGUGAUGAGGCGGCUAGAGUCAUCUCCACUUUGUAAACGUCUGCCCUUCACAUCCUUUAUGCUUCUGCCUUUCCAACGAAUCACCCGCAUCAAAAUCCUUAUACAGAAUAUUCAAAAGUGGACUGCAAAGGGCACAAAAGAGGAGGAAACAGCUUCAAAGGCCCUGGCUUCAGUCUCCAAGCUAAUCAUGCAGGCAAACACACAGGUGGGGCAGAUGAAACAGAUGGAGGAGCUCAUUCAGAUCUCUAACAAGCUGGAGUUUGACAAGCUCAAGGCAAUCCCAAUUGUUUCUAAAACACGCUGUCUAGAUAAACAGGGAGAACUCCAAGAGCUAUGUAAAAGAGGGUCUCUCUUCAGCAUCCGCAACAAAUGUACCCCUGUGUACAUGUUCCUCUUCAAUGACCUUCUCAUUCUCACCAUGAAGAAAAGUGGCUGUCCAGACCGCUUUGUGGUGAUCGAUCAUGCGCAUCGGUCUCUGGUUCAAGUAAAGGCCACAGAAAACAAUCUUGGGCCACACUUGGAUCACUGUUUCUGUUUGACCCUACUGGAAAACCAUCGGGGGAACACCUGUGAACACUUGCUCAAGGCUAAUACAGAGUCAGACAUGCAUAGGUGGAUGGCUGCUUUCCCAUCGAUUAAAGCAGCCCUCGGGGAGGACAAGAUUUAUGAGGACUGGGACUGUCCCCAAGUGCAGUGUGUCAGUCAGUAUGUAGCAAAACAGGCAGACGAGCUAAGCUUGGAGCCAUCUGAUGUCAUCAAUGUGCUGCGCAAAACCAGUGAAGGUUGGUAUGAAGGCAUGCGUCUCUCUGAUGGAAAGAAAGGCUGGUUUCCAGCAAAGAAUACAUCAGAAGUAACCACUGAUCACCAGAGACGACGGAAUGUGAGGGAGAAGUACCAAAUCGCAAAAGCAACCAGUCAAAACACUUCAAGUUGACUCCAAUAUACUUUCUGCCCAUCCCAUUCAUCCUCACUCCUCACUAGCUUCCUGUCACUCACAAACACAAACACUAUGAAGUUGUCUGGCACAAACACUCAUUUCCUAUUGAAGCAGGAAGCUGGGACUAAUUAGUAUCAUUAUUUUUGAUUAUAAAGAACAUCAAGAAGUUCAAAAGGUUAAAAAUGUUCAAAAGGAAGCUUGGAUUGUGAAAAAUUAAUUUUAUUAGAUCUGCUUCUUCUUUGACUUUACUGAGACCUAUCGCAUCGAAUAAAGCAGAACACAAUGUUUUUUUGAUGAUAAAUGCCUAUGUAGAACACCUUCUUCACAGGUGACAAUAAAAUGUUAACUAAUAUGUGUAUUAUAAUUUUUUUUUUUAAAGGGAUAGAUUUACCUUAGUAAAUACUGAUUGCAUAUUCAAUUCUUUCUCAAAAGUAUAAACAAUUACCUUUAGGAGUGUCAUCCUCCAACUGGCAAUGAGUGCAUUUUAUGAUCUGUAAGAGUAUUUUGAAUGUAGAAAUGAAUGCAUUAAUUAAGCAUGGAUUUAUGUAAAGUUAUAUUAAUCUCAAUAGCCUGUUAGCCUGUAAUCUUUUUUUACAUUGUGAGAACACAAUAGAAUAUCCCACAACACAAUACUAAAGUACCAUGAGAUUUAUAUAUCCAAACUAACCAAAUAAUAGUAUAUAGCAAAAUAACUAGGAUAAACACAAAUUGACUACAAUCUAAAAACUGCUGGUUUGAAAACAACCCAAUUUUGGUUAUUUUAGCAACCCAGCGCUAGGGCAAAAAGGGACGAACCCAACGCUGGGUUAUUUUAACCUAACCAAUUGGGUUAUCAUAUUUAACUCAGCAGGAUUUUUUAUGGUUUAAAAUGACUACAUUGCAGGGUUUUAAAAAACCAGAGCGGGUGUUUUUUUAUCACUGUAUUUCAGAAGGAAAACUACUGUUUAGAAAAUGUUCAAAUUCAGUUUGCAUGUAAUGCUUGAUAAGGCAGCGUUUGUGAGCUCAGCGCUGUUUUGCAGCCGUUACCGGAGAAACCUCUACCUCUCCCGCUCUUAGCGCCUCCUGCUGGCAGAAAAUGAACUUGCGGAGGAUGGGAUUAAUUUCCUGCCAU